ACUACACUAAAUCUCAAUCCGUAGUCUUUCAGACGGCGACAGUGUGCAAGGCGCAACGAGCCUUGCCACUUCAACUGUGGAGUGUUGUUCGGAACUGUCUGGGUAGAGGUAUGACUAUGAACGUCUUACGUCCCCAACGUCUGCGUGUGGACGGGCAGGAGAUCUCUUUACCCCGCCAGAGUCCGCCGACUAGCCCGUUGGGACGCCAGACCAGUCGUGAUGAAUGUUCGUCCUCGCCCGACGACCCACAGGACGCGCCUGAAGCCGAGCAGGGAGAAUCACCGUUAUCACAUGUUCCAGACGACACGGAGGAACCGACUGAACCAGUUAUAGUCGACUAUAGGGCAGAACUUUACAAAGAUCCAGACAAUGGCUACUUGACUCUUGACCUCAGCAACAAAAAACUCGAGACGAUCCCUCCAGAAGUCUUUGAAAUCAAGGAAAUCGAGGGACUGCUCCUCCAAGACAAUGAUCUUGAAUCGUUGCCAAGUGAAAUAGGAACACUGCCAAACCUUAGAUACUUGAAUCUUUCGAACAACUCCAGACUUGAAGGCCUACCGGACGAAGUUGGUAACUUACGAAAGUUGGCGCACAUAAGUCUCAUUCACUGCAGUCUUCCGCAGAUUCCGCCAGUCUUGUUGACUUUGACUGGACUGGACAUACUGGACCUCGACAGAAACAAGUUACAGUCCAUUCCCGACGAGAUUUCUAACUUACAAGUUUUAAGAGAACUUUGGUUGACGGGUAAUCAACUGGAGACGUUACCUGACUCCAUCGGUCUGCUGAUGAACCUACAGAAACUAGGUCUCUCCAGGAACAGACUCACGUCACUUCCGGAUGAGCUCGGGAAUCUGCUGUUCCUCCGGGAGCUGUGGCUGAGAGAUAACAAGUUGAUGACCCUGCCUGCGUCAAUAGGAGAGAUGGUCAACUUGCUGAGGCUGAACCUGGAGGAAAACAGGCUGACCUACCUGCCGGAGGAGAUGGGGAAGAUGGAGAGUCUCCUCGUGCUGAGGUUGGAAGGAAACAACUUGAGGAGUAUCCCAGCACAGAUCGGUCAGUUGAGCAAUCUCGAAGAAUUGGGACUGUCGGAAAACAAGUUGGUCAAGUUACCGGACGACGUCUGCAAUCUUGAGAAUCUAAAAGAGCUAGCGGUGGGGAAGAACAGGAUUGAGGAGUUCCCGGAAGGACUAAGUAGACUGUCCAACCUAGAAACCCUGUUCGCCAACCAGAACCGCCUCGCGUACCUACCGAGAGACAUCGGCAAACUCCGUCAUCUCCGUGAACUCAGCAUCGCCUCUAACGAGUUUGAAGACUUCCCGGAGGAGGUCCUAGACCUGACGUCACUAGAGAAACUUUACAUGGGCCAAUGGGGAGGAGGGGAGAGGUUCACUGAGAUUCCGGAGGAGAUCGGGUCGUUGGUGAAGUUGAGAGUCCUGGGUCUGGACAGCAACGCUUUCCGGAACAUUCCGGACAGCAUCGAAAAUCUUCGUCACCUGAGGGAACUGUACCUAGAUCACAACAAACUGGAAGCUCUUCCAGACGGCAUCAGCUUUCUUAGGAACUUGAGGGAAAUUGACGUUGGAACGAACCGGCUGAAGCGACUCCCGACAUGUCUAGACCGGCUCACACGUCUGAAGAAGUUCAACGUCGAGAAGAACCCACAGUUGGUCUACCCCCCGCAAGACGUCUGCAAGCAGGGCAUCAAGGCCAUCUUCUGUUUCUUAGAGGAGGAUAGGAAGAAGAGGGAAGCAGAAGAAAUGCCAAGAGUCUUUAACCGGCUGUCACUAAGAGUGGGGGCGCACCAGUGGAGACCCAUCGCUCGGGAACUGGGGCUAUCCGAGGCAAACAUAGGGGCAAUAAAGGACAAAGCCAAAGAAGGAGACACAGCUGAACUGGCUUUCCAGGCCUUCAUGCGUUGGCGGGGAAAGAACCCCAGCCGCAACGACAAGGCUACCCUCAGCAAACAUCUACAGGCUCUGGGAAUGGGCAACCUGGUUACAUGCUUAAAAGAGAUGGACAUUUGAUGUGCAACCUCAAGUGCACCAAUACUGAGGAAACUGUCUCUGCUCAAUGUUUAUGAUGUCAGAUGACCUUUUCAUGAUACAUUGUACAUGUACCACUACUUUAUAGUCAUUGUUAACAGAGCCAGUGCUUUUGCAGAUGUUAUUUUACUUUGUCUGUGUGAGGAGAGGGCCUAGAUGUACAUUACUACUUUUUGGCCAAUCCUCAAAAAAUAAUUGUAAAUAAGAUAAAUGAAUUAAAGCCAGGGGAUAAUGCAAAUGUCAUUGAAUGGAAUGAUCAACAGGAACUGAUGCAUCUUUCCAGGACAUACAUACAUGUAUAGUGUAAAGAGCUACAUGUUGGGAGAGCUAUAGGACUGGAACUUCCUCACCUCUGAAACAUCUGUACUUACAGUCUAGUGUUUUGAAUACAUGAGAGGUAUGCUGCAAUGUAGUCUGCACCAUAGCCUAAGAUAUGUUUAU